AUGAGUGAGGAUAAGAGCUUCGUGCAACCUGCCAUACCACGUUUCGAUGGUCAUUAUGACCAUUGGAGCAUGCUUAUGGAAAACCUUUUAAGAUCAAAGGGUUAUUGGCAUCUGGUGGAGUGUGGUUAUGACGUUGCAGAAGGAGUGGAGUUGACUGAGGUGCAACAAAAGGACUUGGAGGAUCUGAUUACGAAAGAUCUCAAAGUUAAGAACUAUUUGUUUCAAGCCAUUGAUAGAACAAUUCUUGAGCAAAUUCUGGAAAAACGCACAUCGAAGCAGAUAUGGGAUUCAAUGAAGAAAAAGUUUGCUGGAAAUGCUAGAGUAAAGCGUUCUCUUCUCCAAGCUCUGAGAAGAGACUUUGAAGUUCUGGAAAUGAAAGUGGGUGAAACCAUAACUGAAUAUUUUGCUCGUAUUAUGAAUGUAGCGACCAAGAUGCGGAGUAAUGGUGAAGAUAUGAAGGAAGUUACUAUUGUCGAAAAAAUCCUUAGAACCUUAACUGAGAAAUUCAAUUAUGUUGUUGUCUCAAUUGAGGAAUCUAAGGACAUUGACAAACUUACUAUUGAUGAACUACAAAGCUCUCUAGUUGUUCAUGAGCAAAAGUUUAUCAAAUCAAGCGGAGAAGAACAAGCAUUGACAGUGCGUUUAGAUAAUGUUGGCACAAGGGGAAGAGGAAGAGGAAGGCAAAUUUUCAAUCGAGCAACGAUUGAAUGUUUUAAAUGCCACAAGCUAGGUCACUACCAGUAUGAACGUCCUUCAUUGGACAAGGAAGUUAAUUAUGCAGAAUUUGACGAAGAAGAAGAAAUAUUGCUAAUGUCUCACGUUGGGCUUCCUCAACAUCAAACAAGCAAGGAAGAUGCUUGGUUUCUCGAUUCAGGAUGCUCAAAUCACAUGUGUGGAGAUAAAUCAAAUUUCAAUGAGAUUGAUGAAUCUUUUAGACAUGUAGUAAAGCUUGGAAACAACACCAAGAUGAACGUUUUUAGCAAAGGAAAUGUGAAGCUGAAUGUCAAUGGUGUCACUCAUGUGAUACAAGAUGUUUUUUACGUACCUGAGCUCAAGAAUAAUCUAUUGAGUAUUGGCCAGCUGCAAGAGAAAGGGUUACCCAUCAUGUUUAAGUUAGGAGGGUGCAAUAUAUAUCAUCCUCACAAAGGAUUAAUCUUACAAAUCAAGAUGACUCCAAACAGGAUGUUUAUAUUACCUGCAAGGAUUUCAAAAAAACGGAAAUAUGCUUCAACACCACAACACAAGAACUUCCUCAUUUGUGGCAUUGCAGAUACCUCAUCUCAGCCACCAAGGUUUACAAUUGCUUCAGAAAAGCGAGAUGGUUCAUGGCUUGCCUUUGCUGCCUACCUCUACAAUUAUGUGUACUGA